UGUGAUGAUUUUAAAUCUUUUCUACUAGGUAUAUCCUUAUGCAUGAAGAUAAUAAAUUCGGUCGUUGUGGUCGGGCUCUAUUAUGGAUUUCUGACCACAUUCUCCAUAGGGCCCUCUUAUCUCUUCCUUCUCCGAGCUCGGGUUAUGGAAGAAGGAACCGAGAAGGAGGUAUCAGCAACAACUGGUUUUAUUGCGGGACAGCUCAUGAUGUUCAUAUCAAUCUAUUAUGCGCCUCUGCAUCUAACAUUGGGUAGACCUCAUACAAUAACUGUCCUCGUUCUACCGCACUUUAGGAACAAUCAUACAAACUUUUUUUAUUAUGAAACUACUACAAUAAAUUCAAUGCGUAAUCUCAUCAUUCAAUGUGUAUUCCCGAGUAAUCUAUUUUUUCAAUUAUUCAACCAUUUCCUUUUACCAAGUUCCACGUUAGCCAGAUUAGUCAACAUUUCUAUGUUUCGAUGCAACAACAAGAUUUUAUUUUUAGCGGAGCAAGUACAACUAUCUGCUCGACUCGAUUACUCUUCGAGCCACUUGUGUAAAGCAGAACGACUGGGGGAUGACAGAAGCAGAACUAAACGGCAGAUGCCAAUGCGGAUUGGCUUGCGAAACGGCAGAUGCGGACCCAAAUUGGCUAACGAAACAGUGGACACAGAACUGCAGACGUGGACUUGGAUUGGCUCCUGGAACGGUGGACGUGGAAUGGAGGACGUGAAGUUAACAAUGGACGAGAAAUUGAGCAGCUUGACAAGCUCGUUUUGGUGGCGAGUUACACUCAAGCUCUAG